GUUUGAGACUGAGAGCGUCGGGUUGAAAGCAUCUCCAGCUGCGUGCGGAUGUAGCGACAUCCUACUAACCUACAUUUCAACCUGAAAGAGGCAAUGGCGGACGACGGAAGAUUUCCUCAUUGACAUAUGAUGAACUUCUGCAACGAAACGAAACUUAAACGUCCAAAAUGAAGAGUAUGGAGCAGGAAUUGCUGUGUCCUGUGUGCAAGGACAUUGUGAAGCAGCCUAUUGUACUUCCCUGCCUGCACAGCGUGUGUCUCAUGUGUGCCUCCGAGGUGCUGGUUCAGAGCGGGUAUCCCCAGCCCGAGCUCCCUCCGGAGCCCAACUCGCCCGCUUCCACCCCCAACACACGGUCCCCACGGCAGAUGCGCAGACCCAUGCCUAAGUCUGACCGCGUGGACCGCCUGUUGCGCUCAGGUUCUGGGACGUACCCAGGCCGCAGGCGAAAGGAAGGCCCUCCACCUCUCAUGCUUUUUCCUUGCGCCCCCUGUGGACGAGAUGUAGAACUAGGUGAGAGAGGACUGGCUGAGUGCAUGAGGAACCUUACACUGGAGAGAAUUGUAGAAAGGUACAGGCACACAGUGAGUUUGGGCAGUGUGGCUGUGAUGUGUCAGUUCUGUAAACCCCCACAGGCCCUGGAGGCCACUAAAGGCUGUGCUGACUGCAGAGCCAGCUUCUGUAAUGAGUGCUUCAAACUCUACCACCCCUGGGGCACUCCACGCGCCCAGCAUGAACAUGUUCAGCCCACCCUCAACUUCAGGCCAAAGGUGUUGACAUGCCCAGAACAUGAUCAGGAGAGGCUGCAGUUUUACUGUAAGUCAUGUCAAAUGCUGCUUUGUUCACUCUGUAAACUGCGUAGAAUCCAUGCGGGUCACAAGAUUGCGCCCGUUACCCAAGCCUACCAGACUCUUAAGGACAAGAUCAUCAAGGAGCUGAACUACAUCCUGUCCAAUCAGGACAUGGUGUUGACUCAGAUCACACAACUGGAAAAUGCCAUCACUCAAACUGAGGUGAACAGCGUAUCAGCCAAAGAACAGCUCUCUCACUGCGUGAAGGAGAUAAUGGCGUUGCUGACCGAGCGGCAGACAAUGCUGGCCCAGGCUCUGGAAAGCUCACGGCAGAGAAGGGCAGAGGCUUUGGCCAAUCAGGUGGCCGAAAAACGGAGCCUGCUGGAGCAUGCCGGCUUGAUGGCUUUCACUCAAGAGCUGCUCAAAGAAAAUGACCCAUCGAGCUUUGUGCAUGCAGCCAGAAUAACACACAACAGAUUGGCCCAGUCUAUUGAAUCUAUGCAGCGUUUCUCUCUCUCUGCUGAUCCUUCAUUCCGACACUUCCAGCUUGAUGUUUCCAGAGAGCUCAAACUCCUCACAGACCUGAACUUCAUUCAGGCCCCUCUCGCUCCUGUGAUUGACACCCAGCGAACCCUCGCCUACGACCAGCUCUUCUUGUGCUGGAGGUCGCCUCAAGACUCCACUCCUGCCUGGCAUUACUCUGUGGAAUUCCGGCGGCGGGGGGUGGUGCCAGGGGGCGGGGCAAGAGGGGGUAUUCGCGGGGGAUUGGCUACUGCUCGUUGGGGCUGGCAGAGAUUGGAGGAGGUGACCGGGACCUGUGCGGUGAUUGACAGGCUGGAGAUGGACAGUGUGUAUGUGCUGAGGGUGAGAGGCUGCAACAAGGCCGGCUUUGGCGAAUACAGUGAGGAAGUAUAUUUACACACACCACCAGCUCCAGUGUUGAAUUUUUACCUGGACUCUCGUUGGGGUCUGCACGCGGACAGAAUGGUGGUGAGUAAGGAGCAGAGGUGUGCUCGCAGUGUGCCCGGUCUCUCUCUGCUGCAGGCCGCCGAUCGGGCCCUCACUUCCUGUCACCUGACAGCUGAUCUGCUUGUGGGUGACGUGGCCAUAACGCAGGGCCGACACUAUUGGGCAUGCUCAGUGGAGCCUGGCUCAUAUCUGGUUAAGGUUGGAGUGGGCCUGGAGUCCAAACUUCAGGAGUGGUUUCAUCUGCCUCAAGAUAUGGCUAGUCCAAGAUAUGAUCCAGACAGUGGCCAUGACAGUGGAGCCGAGGAUUCGUCGGAUUCUCCUCCCCCUUUCUCUUUCCUCACAAUGGGCAUGGGCAAGAUCUUCCUGCCCUCCUCCGCCAACUCCCAUCACACCAACGCCAAUUACAGAGAGUCUGGCUUCACUAAUGGCAACGGUCCUUCAUCGCCAACUGGCGUCACCUAUCCACUGCCUCCGAGACUAGGAGUGUGUCUUGACUUUGAGAAGGGGCGUGUCACGUUUUACGAUGCCCACUCUCUCCGCCCACUAUGGGAGGGGCCUGUGGACUGCUCCGCCCCUGUGUGCCCUGCUUUCUGUUUCAUUGGAGGCGGAGCUCUGCAGCUACAGGAGCUGGUAGCCAAUCGUAAUGCAAAUCAAACCCCUGUAAGACGAGUCACUAUUCAAUCACGUGUUACGAAACUGAACUGAACUCUGAUUGAUUAUCAUUUUUAUAAUUCGAUUUUAGAGACAGUUGUUUUUAAUUGCACCCUAUAUCAAUCUCUGCUUAUUUUUCUUUUUGUUUUGAGAGGCCUUUAUUGCUGCACUGCUUGCUGAAUUACUGAUGAAUUAUUAAUUUGCUGAUGCUACCUAUAUACCCAAGAAAACUAUUUAAAAUGCAUAUUCACCUAUAUACACACACACACACACACACACACACACACACACACACAUAUAUGCAAAAAUAUAUGUUUCCCAACUUAUAAUCAGCGACCUCUCUGUUCCAAUGUAGGAAAUGUGCCUCAGUUUUUUUUAUACCAGAUUCCUCCCACACUGCGGAUAUUGUAGUGAUAUAAUAUACCUUGUAUUAAAGUUUUUUUUGUUUAUUAAUCUCCAAACAGAGCAGAAAUUCCAGACUGUUACACAAGGCUUCAUUUCGUAACCCAUAAUACAACCGUAAACAUCUGCUCUUUUAACCUCUAGCCAUGUGCUUUCAGGACAGACCUGUCAAACUCUCUCAGCUGUCAACUGGAGCAUUUACAAAUAUAUUUACUCAACAUACAUCUAAUGCCAGACCAAAUGCUUCUCGCUGCUCAUUUUUGCCUUAGAUGGUUAAGAAGAAUUUUGAUUUGUUGAAAUAUGUGGCUUCUAGACUGCAGUGGAUAUAUAAAAGGACUUUUUCUGAGUAAUUUAUUAGGACACACUUACCUUAUAGCUUACACAAAUUGUUGUUUUGAAUUCCCAUAUGCUAUUGAACAAUUGGAAAAUAUUUAAAGCUAAAUGAAUUAAGCGAAGCCUCUUAAGAAUGAAAAUCGUCAGUGCAAUAGAUUGGAAGUGCACUGCUUUGCUCUGUAUUUAGAGAAUAUUUUUUAAUGUGCUUGAUUUCAGUCCAGCCUAAAGCUGUGCUUGCCUGGAAUGGUUUUAGUGUGUAGUUUGAAUCUUG